CGGACCUAACAGCCCUAGGUGAAGGUUCAGGUGUCGUGUGCCCCACGUUCCGUCAUCAAGACAUUUAGAGAUUUAGAGUUGAAAAUCUCUACCUUGGAACUGUGCAACUGCGACUGCGACUGCAACUGUGCAUUGUACUAGGUACGACUGCACGACUUUACAACUUCCAAGGUUAUUGUACAACCGAAUCUUCCUAACUCGAUACAAUUGGUUAUUUCACAUCUAUCUAGCAUUCCCAUCACAUAAGACAGCAUGGUUCGACACAAGAAAGAUAAAUUCUCAUCGAGAGGUGGAAAAGGCCAUGGCAAUCCCCGCCCUCGAGCCCGUCUAGCCGAUGACGAUUCCGAACAAACCUCUUCUCAACCUCCUUUCAAAGCCGCUUGCUGGGACCUGAACCAUUGCGAUCCGAAACGAUGCUCGGGGAAGAAGCUCAUAAGACUCGGUCUCAUGCGCGAUCUCCACCUCGGCCAAAGGCAUAACGGCGUCAUCAUCACUCCUAACGGAAAACACAAGAUCUCCCCUGCCGAUAAAGAAUUGAUGGAACAAUACGGUGCGGCGGUAGUCGAAUGUUCGUGGGCGCGAACGGGGGAAGUUCAAUGGAAUAAGGUCGGAGGUAAAUGCGAGAGGUUGCUGCCAUAUCUAGUCGCUGCAAAUACCGUCAACUAUGGUAAACCCUUCCGUCUAAACUGCGUCGAGGCGCUGGCUGCCGCUUUCUAUAUAUGCGGACAUGCCGAUUGGGCGGAGGAAGUUUUACGACCAUUUAACUACGGAGAGUCUUUCUUAAACAUCAACUCGAAGUUAUUGAAGAAGUAUGCCGCCUGUGCUGAUGAGGAGGGAGUUAUCAAGACUGAGAAAGAGUGGUUGGAACGAUUAGAACGCGAACAUGCCGAGAGUAGAGAAAAUGCGGAUGAUGACGACUUAUGGAAGGGAGGCAAUGUCAAUCGCAGGGAAAUUAUCGACUCCGAUGACGAGGAGGAUGAUGAUGAUGAUGAAGAUGAGAGUGAUGACGAGGGUAAAGAUGAAGGUGGGGACGAAGAUGGUGUCGAUGGAAUAUAUCUUGGUAAGAAACCGACACAAUGGCCUAAACCUGGGGAGGACAUAAAAGAUCAGUCGGAAGGAGGAGCAAGCAGGGAUCCCUUUGACAUCUCAGACGACACCGACGACGAUGCCGCGAUGGAAGAAAUCCGACGUAAGGUCCUAGCAUCCAAACCGUUUGCCAACUCAGGCGAUGUCGACCAGAAACCAAAACCGCAGGCGAUACCUCCACCUCAGCCACAAAGGUACCAAGUCGAUUCCGACGCAGAGCCAGACUCUGACAACGGAGAAGACGUUGAUGGCGACGACGCGUUCGAUAGCAUCAUCGAUGCUACGCCUGUUACGGAUAGGAUUGGACUAGCCAAACUUGAGAAAGAGAGGUCAAAAGUCAACGUCAUGAGUCGGACAUUCACGUCCGGUGGAGCGUCGGCACCUAAGAGAUGGUGAGCGGAUACCUAACGCUUGUAGGAGAUGUAUCUGGUUAAACAUGCUAUUACAUGAUUAAUUCUCCUCAGUCUCUACUCUUGUUGUGAGUAUUCCUUGGGCCUACUGGAUGUAAUUGGGACACAUCUAAUCAUCGGUAUGCUAUUAAACUAUGACGACCCCUUAUAUGAACAAUCGGUCCCAAGUUGUCUGCGGUUCGUAAUACGUUCCGAGGAUGGAGCCAUGAGAAUAGCUAACUUCGUUGACACGCAAAUUCUACACUAGGUGAUUGAGUUGAAGGUAAGUAGCUCUC